AUGGCCAAUCCCACAGACAUCCCCAUCAAGUUCACGGAACUUUUACAGUUGCAAUCCAUCGGCGUUUUGGAGAAUGCAAUUGGUUCUGAUUCAUGCACCCUAGAGUCCGAUCACUUCGUCUGUGUACGGCAACAGACCGGCAAUCAACAACAAAUCGUCGUUGUUAACCCCCACAAUCCAGCUGAAGUCAACCGUCGUUCGAUCCCGGGCGACAAUGCCAUUAUGCACUGGAAUAAACAUGUCAUCGCCGUCAGGCUGGCAACUGGAAAUCUUCGGGUUAUCAACCUCCAGAACGAACAGGUCAUCAAGGACGUCAUAUUUAGGCGUGAGAUUCUGUUCUGGAAAUGGAUUAGUGAACGAACUCUUGCCCUAGUGACCGGAGACCGCAUCUACCACUGGGACGUCUUCGAGGAAAAGAGCCAGCCUAUUGAAGCGUCUACUUUGAGGGAGCCAAUUAAGAAAGACGGUGAAUUCGAUGAAAGCAAGAAAUGGCAAAUCACCCACUACCGAACAACAGAGGACCAGAACUGGUCGGCACUUGUUGCCAUCCAAAGAAAAGAAGACAAUUCCAUUACUGGGAAGAUUCAGCUAUAUUCCCGUACGCACCAGAAUUCUCAGGUAAUCGAAGGACAGGCUGCUGCCUUCGGCACCAUUCGAGUCGAAGGGAAUCCAAUGGAGACAAAGAUUUUCACAUUCGCCGUUCGAUCUGCGAUUGGUGCGAAAUUACACAUUGUGGAAAUUGACAAUCAGAAUCCUAGCAAGAAAUUUUCCAAGAAAGCUGUGGACCUCUUCUUUCCGCCGGAAGCCGUACUAGAUUUCCCCACUGCGAUUCAGGUUUCUAAAAGAUAUGAUAUUGCAUACAUCGUGACCAAGUUUGGAUUCAUUCAUCUCUACGACCUGGAAACCGGCAACUGUCUGUUCCUGAGCAGAAUUUCUUCUAAGCCGAUAUUCGUCACAGUUCCCGAUUCGGAUUCGGCCGGUCUCGUGGGUGUCAACCGUCAUGGACAAGUUCUUGCCGUUAGUGUCGAUGAAAAUAAGAUAAUCCCGUACAUCCUAGAAAAGUUGAACAAUCCGGGGCUUGCUGUGAGACUCGCCUCGAAGGGGGGACUUCCUGGCGCCGACGACCUCCUUAAGAGACAAUUUGACACGUUGGUAGCACAGGGACAGUAUACAGAAGCUGCCAAAGUCGCUGCCAAUUCUCCCCGCGGGUUCCUUCGUACCCCUGCAACGAUUAAUAUCCUCAAGAAUGCUCCACAGCCUUCAACCGGCAUGUCUGUUAUCUUGCAAUACUUUGGAAUGCUCCUUGAUCAAGGUGGGAUGAAUCAAUAUGAGAGUGUGGAACUCGUGAGACCGGUACUGCAACAAGGUCGAAAGCAUCUGUUGGAGAAGUGGAUGGCCGAAAACAAGCUUGGUUGCUCAGAGGAGCUUGGUGAUAUGGUCCGCCCGCAUGAUAUGAAUCUUGCUCUGAACAUUUACCUCAAGGCCAAUGUACCACAUAAGGUUGUUGCUGGGUUUGCCGAAACCGGUCAAUUCGACAAAAUUUUGGCCUAUUCGAAGCAAGCCGGUUACCAACCAGACUACAUCCAGCUUCUUCAACAUAUCGUGCGCGUUAACCCUGAGAAGUGUGCAGAGUUCGCUGCACAGCUUGCCAGCGACGAAAAUGGUGCCCUUGUUGACUUGGAUCGCGUUGUUGACGUGUUCAUCUCCCAGAACAUGAUCCAGCAAGCCACUGCUUUUCUUCUCGAUGCCCUAAAAGACAACAAGCCUGAGCAUGCCCAUCUCCAAACGAGAUUGCUGGAGAUGAACCUUGUCAACGCUCCGCAGGUGGCAGACGCUAUUCUUGGCAAUGAGAUGUUUACACACUAUGACAAGGGAAGGAUAUCGCAGCUUUGCGAAAAUGCGCAACUCUACCAACGUGCGCUGGAGAAUACUGAUGAUCCUACUAUUAUCAUGAGAAAUAUCGUCCGCACUGACAAAUUGAACCCUGAAUGGUUAAUGAACUACUUCGGACGUCUAUCAGUUGACCAGUGUUUGGAGUGCAUGAAUGAAAUGCUGAAGGUUAACCUUCGUCAAAAUCUGUCAGCUGUCGUCCAGAUUGCCACGAAGUUUUCGGAUCUCCUGGGACCAACUAACCUGAUCAAUCUCCUGGAGAAGUACCGAACUGCUGAAGGUCUUUACUAUUACCUUGGCAGUAUUGUAAAUCUCAGCGAGGAUCCUGAUGUUCAUUUCAAAUAUAUCGAGGCCGCGACCAAGAUGAACCAGCUGACUGAAGUAGAGCGUAUCUGCCGGGAAAGCAACUACUACAACCCGGAGAAGGUCAAGAAUUUCUUGAAGGAAGCUCGCCUCACGGAACAGUUGCCCUUAAUCAUCGUCUGCGACCGUUUCAACUUCAUUCAUGACCUUGUACUCUAUCUUUACCAAAGCCAGCAAUAUAAGUCCAUCGAGGUCUACGUUCAGCGGGUGAAUCCAUCAAGAACCCCAGCCGUCGUUGGCGGUCUGUUGGAUGUUGAUUGCGACGAGAGCGUCAUCAAAAACCUUCUGGCUAGCGUUGACGCGGCCUCGAUCCCCAUCGAUGACCUUGUUUCUGAGGUUGAGUCCCGAAACCGUCUUAAGAUUCUUCUCCCAUUCCUAGAGAAUACACUUGCCAUGGGCAACCAGCAACAGGCAGUUUACAAUGCCCUCGCUAAGAUUUACAUCGAUAGUAAUAACAACCCAGAAAAGUUUUUGAAGGAGAACGAUCUCUACGAUACUCUUACCGUUGGAAAGUACUGUGAGAAGCGCGAUCCCAACCUCGCCUAUGUUGCAUAUAGCAAGGGUCAGAAUGAUCUUGAGCUUAUUAAUAUCACCAACGAGAACUCUAUGUACCGAGCGCAAGCUCGAUACCUUUUGGACCGUGCUGACCCUGAAAUCUGGGCGUUUGUCCUUAACGUCAAUAACAUCCACCGCCGCUCUUUGGUCGACCAGGUCAUUGCCACUGCUGUGCCCGAGUCUGCCGAGCCAGAUAAGGUGUCCGUUGCCGUUAAGGCUUUCCUCGAUGCUGAUUUGCCUGGAGAACUCAUUGAGCUUUUGGAAAAGAUCAUUUUGGAGCCAUCACCUUUCAGCGAUAACAGCAGUUUGCAAAAUCUGUUGAUGCUUACUGCUGCCAAAGCCGAUAAGGGUCGUCUGAUGGAUUACAUCCAUAAACUUUCUGAGUUCAAUGCAGAUGAAAUUGCGACUAUGUGUAUUUCUGUAGGGUUGUAUGAGGAGGCUUUUGAAAUCUACAAGAAGGUUGAUAGUCAUCUGGCUGCUACUAAUGUCCUUGUUGAUUCCAUCGUUAGCAUCGAUCGUGCACAGGAAUAUGCGGAGCGUGUUGAACUUCCUGAAGUUUGGAGCAAGGUUGCUAAGGCUCAGUUGGAUGGUCUUCGUGUCUCUGAUUCAAUUGCUUCAUACAUCCGUGCAGGUGACCCAUCGAAUUACAAUGAAGUCAUCGAAACAGCCACUCACGCCGGCAAGGACGAGGAUCUCGUCGAGUUUCUCAAAAUGGCUCGGAAAACCUUGCGGGAACCAGCAGUUGAUACUGCCUUGGCUUUUGCCUAUGCUAGACUGGAUCAGCUAAGUGAACUCGAGGAUUUCCUGCACGGUAUUAACGUGGCAGACGUCGAAGCAUCUGGUGACAAGGCAUACGAGGAAGGUUUCCACCAAGCUGCCAAGAUCUUCUAUACCAGCAUCUCCAACUGGGCGAAACUUGCAACCACCCUUGUCCAUCUGGAAGAAUAUCAGGCUGCUGUCGAGUGCGCGCGGAAAGCAAACAACGCCAAAGUCUGGAAGCAAGUCAGCGAGGCCUGCGUGUCUAAGAAGGAAUUUCGCCUCGCUCAGAUUUGCGGUCUCAAUCUCAUCGUCCACGCGGAGGAAUUGCAGGAUUUGGUUCGCCAAUACGAGCGCAAUGGUUAUUUCGAUGAGCUUAUUGCUGUCUUGGAAGCCGGGCUUGGUCUGGAGCGAGCGCACAUGGGCAUGUUCACGGAACUGGGUAUUGCACUUUCCAAGUACCAUCCUGACAGAGUAAUGGAACAUCUGAAACUCUUCUGGACGCGAAUCAACAUCCCGAAGAUGAUCCGAGCCUGCGAGGAGGCAAACCUAUGGCCUGAGCUGGUGUUCUUGUACUGCCACUAUGAUGAAUGGGAUAAUGCUGCGCUCGCCAUGAUGGAGCGUGCAGCAGAUGCCUGGGAACACCAUUCUUUCAAGGAUAUCAUAGUCAAGGUCGCCAAUCUGGAAAUUUACUACCGCGCACUGAACUUUUACCUGCAGGAACAACCUCUGCUGCUGACGGAUCUGCUCCAAGCCCUUACGCCACGCAUUGAUGUCAACCGCGUCGUGCGCAUGUUUGAGAAAUCUGAUAAUAUCCCCUUGAUCAAACCAUUCUUGCUCAACGUGCAACCACAGAACAAGAAAGCAGUCAACAAUGCUAUUAAUGAUUUGUUGAUUGAAGAGGAGGACUAUAAGACAUUGCGGGAUUCGGUUGAGAAUUAUGAUAAUUAUGAUCCUGUCGAACUUGCUCAGAGACUUGAGAAGCAUGACCUGGUCUUUUUCAGACAGAUUGCCGCUAGCAUCUACAGGAAGAACAAGCGGUGGGAGAAGUCGAUUUCCUUGUCGAAGCAGGAUAAGCUUUUCAAGGAUGCUAUUGAGACUGCUGCUAUUUCUGGCAAGACCGAUGUUGUCGAGGAGUUGCUACGAUACUUCGUCGAUAUUGGCAGCCGAGAAUGCUACGUUGGCAUGCUUUACGCCUGCUAUGAUCUAAUCCGUCCCGAUGUCGUCAUGGAAAUCUCCUGGCGCUACAACCUCAACGACUUUUCCAUGCCAUACAUGAUUAACCUGCUCAGCCAGCAAGUGCGCACAAUCGAGAUGCUCAAGAAGGAUAAUGAGGAGCGCAAAGCCCGCGAAGCUUCCCAGCAAAAGGAAGAAGACAAUACGCCUGUCCUCGGUGGAUCGAGACUUAUGCUUACGCAGGGCCCCGCAUCGGCAACGGGCUCUGGGCUUGGGGUGCAGCCGUCUGUCAGUCCUAUUCCGUUCGGACAUGCGAAUGGGAUUACACCGCAGCCAACCGGAUUCAGACCGUUUUGA